AGGGUUAAAUGACGAUUUCUUAUUCCAAGCUGGUAUUUAUGUAUUUUUUUAUAUUUUUUUUAGCCAUAGACUGUGGACCGACCCCGUCAGUUAAGAAAGGGAAACUCGUAGCUCCAAAUGGAACAACUCUCGAUCAAAUAGCGUUUCUCCAAUGCAAUGAAGGUUAUGAACCAGAACAAGCAAAAAAAAUGAUUUGUUCGUCUGAUAAAGUAUGGAGGAUACCAGGCAUUGGGGGAAUAAUAAGGUGUAAACCCGUUACUUGCAACGAUCCUGUUAUUCCACAUGGACUCUACAGCCUUCUGGAUGAAUCACAAACCUAUGGUAGCAGGAUGCAGAUCAUAUGUGAAUCAGAAUAUAUCCCAGGACCAAAGAUUGUAAAAUGCAGAAGUGACAAGACAUGGGGUGACUUAAAGAACGUCUGCAAAGGCUGUACACCGCCUGCAAUGGAUGUUGAAGGAGGGAUAUGGGAACCAGCCAUUACACGUGCCGGGAAAAGUCUGCAGUUGAUGUGUCCAAAAGGUUAUGAAAUAGCUGGAAAAACACACACCAUCAAGUGUCUAGACAGUGGAGACUGGUCAAAACCAACUCCCGUUUGCAAAAAAGUUGAAGAAACUGCAUUUACGUGGGCCCAUUUGUCAGCAACCCAAAUUAUGAUCGCAGCGAUUGCCGUUGGAGCUGGAACAGCUGUCUUUAUUCUUCUUAUCGUAAUGGUUGUUUUUGUGCUUCGACGGCGACGACUAAACAAAUCGACAAAAAGAGAAACUCCCACUCUUCCAGGCGACCGCCAUCCACCCCUGACAACUUUUGGUUCUUCCCCGGAAGAACACUAUUAUAACACCGCCGUUUAUGAGGAGCUUCCGGAUUCGCCAGUGGAAUCAUCUCUCAUUGAAUUCAGUUCGGAAGAGGUACCCCCUACAAGCCCACGGAGGCCGAAACUUCCGCUUCCGCGCAUUCCCAAUGAUGAUAAUGAACCAGUCUAUUCACAGCCGUUUGAGGACGAAAAUGUUUCAAAAUCCAUCAAACGAAUUUCAAGUAAUUCUAACAGUAGUUCUCAAGAGGGUGAAGUCUACUGUGAACCGGUAGAUUCGUACACCACCAAGUCACAAAUUUCACCAAAAACAUUGGGUAAAGAGAAGAGGCCGCUACAGAUUAAUGAAAAUAAAUGUGAAGAAAAACACGCAAAUAUAUACGAGAAGGUCGAAACUAAGUUUAAACCGGAUAAAGAUCUUUUUAGAAAUGGUCCCAAAAAAAUAAAUCCCGAACACUUUCAGACGUUACAGAAAAAUCAUAUUAAUCCUCAAGCAUCCUCCACUGUACAAGCAGUAGAUAUGAUAGACAAUACCGAAAUAACGGUGGACAUGAUAUACAAUGAUUUAUAUUCGUCAGAAUCGGACACAGAUUCGACUUGUCCUGUAUAGGUUUAUGAAAGUGUUUAACCUCACUCCAAGAAUUAAUUUUGUGCCAUAUACCGUUGAAAGAAAAUGAUUCUUCAUGUCAUUACUUUCAAAAAUACAAUCAUAUAUUUCUAGUCUUCAUCAUUAUAAAAAUACUAUUAAUCAGUUUGAAAAUGCCCUCUCCAUGACUAAACAGUAUAAAUGAUAAUUCAAGUCACACAAUGAUUUUAUUAAGAUAAGCUUUGGUAAUGCAUUGCUUUGUUAGGAGUCGUAAAACAUAAAGCAGAGGGCGCUUUUGUGUGGCUGUUUAUGCGAGAUGAUAUCAACAUGUAGUACAGAACGAAGACAAUUAACAACUUCACAUGUGAGAUGUUGCACAAUGAGUGUAUGUAAGCUCGUUUUUAUACAGAAACGAUUCGAUUUUCGCAAUACAUUUUAUGCAAGUAUUAACUUUCGCGGGCGUUUCAAACUACUCGAUCAGUUGAAACUGUGCUAUGGAAAACGGCGGACUCGCAUGUUUGGAUAAAAACUCAGCAGUGGAAGUAAAAUUAAAUAAUAACGUGAUAUAUAGUACAUUACUUGUUGGCUAUGGAUUUAUGUUCAUAAACAGAGUUAGACCUACUGAAAAACGAUCUCAGGUCUCCAUAACAGCAGGCUAGUAUAUGUUAGCAUUACCACUUAGUUUCUGGUUUCCCGUUCCUCUUGAGUUUGAUUCUCUUUAGGCCUAACUCCACAUUUAUUUGUAUGUUAACAGUUAAUUAUAUUUUUCAAUCAAAAAUGGACUUAAGUUCACCAUAUGUAAUUAACUUUCACAGGGUGUUUUAAGGAUAAAACGGUAUAUUGUUAAUUAAAUAUGUUUGAUGAUCUUUUAUAACCUUUCGGAAAUCCUACUAUUUGAUGUAAGAACGUUAUUUGUUGGUGAUGGCCAAGAGAAAUCCUAAGAGUGACGUAAUCUGUGAUAAAUCAGUUUUAAUCAAUGACUUUUGUACCUAAAAAGUACCCGUAAGCUUAUGUAUUUUUCUUUCCUUAAUUCUAGGAUAAUAUACUUUCUAGAAUCCAGUACAUUGGUGCCAUUUUACAAAACGCAAGUUUAAGUAGGCUACCUAUAAACAUUGUAUUGUAAAUUAUCUGAACAAAAAAGAGUACAGGUAUUUGAAGAUUAUAUUUCUAUAAUUAGUAGUUUUUUCAUAUAAAGGAUUGUCAAUCGGUAAAAUACAUAAUAUCCUUAGAGAAUGCGCUCGUGCAUAACGUUGAUUUAAUCAACCUUGGAAUACUGUGAUUCAGAUUAGAAUCAAAUAUGAUUACUUUUGGAAGCAAAAGAAAAAUUUUAGGGUUCACUCUAGCUAAAUAAAAAGUACGAAUAAAAUGCACAAAGCAGUUUCUGAAAAUGAUAGAAAAAUAUCAUAUGAAAACUCUGGGAGAAGGCAGGGUAUUAGCUUAAAUUUAGUUAUCACCUGCGAGUAAUGUACUUACACUUAUUACUAGAAAUAGCAGAAAUACUCUCCCUCCGGGCAGGUAUAAAUGCUAGUUCCUGCGGAAGGCUGUUGGACCUGCGGCCUUUUCUGGAAUUGUCUGACAGUUCUACAACAAUGUUCUCAUACUUGACAUUCAAUAACGUUCACCAUCCACGAGAAAUAUGAUUUUAUUGAAAUUUUAGUUUAAAAAUCAGCUAUCAUUACAGAGUAGAUUUUAUUGAAGUAUUUCUUUGUAGACGUAGUUAUCAAUGAAAGUGCCUUGCUUUUCUGUUGCAACACUCAUAAGAUUUUCACUAAAGAAAAACAAAUAAUAUUUUUAAAGAUUGAUUUUUGAUUGUUUUAUAUUUGAAACUUACUCCAUUUUUGUAAUUUUUAUUGGUUAAAGUUGAAACAUCAUUUUUAUGGAAACUUCAAUUGUUUUAUUUAUUGGUCAGCUGUAAAAAUACUGCCUAGUUAUAGAAAUAUUACCCAGUUAUGAUCGAUGCAGUAGUUUCCGAGAUCCGAGUUUUGGAUGUAUACAUUGCAAGCUCCAUUAUAAUACGAUUUCCGAGAGAAAGAUGUCAAGCAGGUCACAAACUAGUUACAGAAAAGAUCCUCAAACCUAGACAAUAUUUUCUUUUAUUCUUUACAACAUCGUGUAACAAUUUAUAGAUAUAGUAAAUUGAAAUCCUUUCUUGAUUAAAAAAUAUAAAUUAUAAUUAAUUGGUAAUAUAAACAAUGUCAAACUAAUUAUCAACAGUUAGAUUUAAAAAUAGAAGGAGUUAAGAACACCCAGAAAAAAAUCUGAUAUCCAUUUGAGCGAACCUAAUCUAGUUUGGUUUAUUGUAUUUUUAUAUUUAUUUUAUUUAUUACCCAUUUAAAUUAGAACAUUUUUGAACUUAAUUUCUCUGCAUAUUAUCUUCACCUGAUAUACUUUAUUGUACAUAAUGUAUUUUUGAAAGUGUCUUAGCGCGUAUGUCAUAGCUUUUUUUUUAUAUUUUUUACGCCUGUUAAUUAACAGAAAAGUAAAUCAGUUAUGAACAAUAAAGUCAAGUUACUCUGCAA